AUGGCCACGCCGCUUUCCGGAAGCAACGAGGCACUUGUCAUCGAUAAGCUUCGUACCGGACAUGUCGACAGAGCCGAAGCUUUCUACUUGACUGCAAAAGAGAUGAAUGAUCCUAUGGCAGGGCUAGAAGACCAGGAUUUCUGGUCGGUUCAAGCUCUGCUCCUCAUGUCUUUCCAUAUGCUGGCCAAGUCUAAGCGGAACACAGCCUUUGCCUUACUGGGCAUGGCAGCGCGAUCAGCACUCGCGCUUGGUCUACACAGAGAAGAAGCUAUGGUGAUAUUCAGUACCGAAGAGCAGAAUGAGCGAAAAGAUGUUUGGCGGUCUAUCUUCAUCAUGGAUCGGUUGCUGUCCUGUUCUCUUGGUCGGCCAACGGCCAUAUCGGAAGAUGAUUGCUCUGGAGACACGCUGCAUCCUCCUGAGCGAUACAACGAGGAGACCUGGGCUUACAGCACGAAGACUGUGUACGAUUACAAUGAGACGGGACCGCCCGCAAUGGAAGCCGCAGUCCGAAGUUGCAGACAGAUUGGCAUCAUUCUGAAAGAGGUGUACCAAAAGCGCAAGAUCAGCACUCGUCUCGCACAGGAGAUUUCGGAUGUUUGUCAAACAUGGCCGCGCGCACUCACACCUAUCUUGCAAUGGCGACAAGCGCCGAAUGCGUCGCCCAGCCAGGGUGUGGCCAUAUUACACAUCAAUCUCUUCUACUGCCAUUCCGUCAUUCUACUCACCCGCCCCUUUCUGGUGUACAUUCUCAACAAAGAAACGCAAGUCCAUGGUGGCCAAUUCGGAACAAGACCUCGCCGUCCUUUGGACCGAAUUGAAAAGUUUGGUGAGACGUGCGUCAUUUCUUCGAUACAUACAACCCUGUUAGUGCAAAACGCGUUUGAAGUUGGGCACCUGUCUCGAAGGAAUCCGGUCGUCAUCUACUUUCUCUUUGCUGCUACCCUUGUCAUCCUCGCGAGCGACUUUGCCGGGCUUUACAAGAUCGAGAUGACAAACAAGUGCGUGGUGAACGCCAUCAGCAUAAUGAACUACUGUGCAGAGUGCGACCAGCAGGCGGUACGCUUGGUCUACAUUCUUAGUUCUUUCCGCGAUGUGGUAGUGCAGGAGCGGCUGCGGCGGAGACAGUCGCUGGCGAACGGGUUGGCAUUGCCCAGCAUAGCGUUGCAGCUUUAUGGUGUGCAGAUGACACAACAGCAGCAGCAACAUGCUAGUUUGAAGCCCGGUGGCCUGCCGCAAGCCAUAGAUCCUCUAGAUGAGGCACCGCGCCUUCACCAGGUUCCUAUACAUAUCUAUCCUGGUAUGCAGACGGCGCCGCUAGACGAAUCCACGAUAGGAUAUCAGGCACCAGAGCCUCUGCAACAUCAGGAGAUGCAGUAUCACAUGGACCCUGAGUACAUAAACCCCCUGUCAGCUCAGGAGUUUAUGCAUCUUAACCAGGAGUUGCCGCUCGACAUGUCGCCCUUCAUGUCCCUUUAG